UCCUCGAUCGAUCCCCGAAGCGAGUGCAACAUGAAAUUGAUCGUCUUAGCUUCUGUUAUCGGGGCGUGUGCCGCCGGUCUUCUCCCCUCUUACCUCCCCCCACAGUACCGAACAUCCCCCACAUACUACCAGGAGUCUGUCAGACCCCGAUCAGGUCUAGAGAGGAGUGCAGCAAUUCUAAGAUCAGUGUCAGAUGUCAACGAUCGUGGAUUCCAUUAUGCUUAUGAAACUGAAAAUGGAAUCCAAGCUGAAGAGACGGGGCAUGAAUCCAACGGCAUUGAAGCUCAGGGCAGUUACUCCUACACCGGUGAUGAUGGCCAGGUCUACAGUGUGAGGUACACAGCUGGAGCCAACGGUUUCCAAGCUGAAGGUGCUCAUCUUCCGACGCCCCCACCCUUACCUGAAGCUAUAGCGAAGGCACUACAGGAGAAUCAACGUGAUGAAGCUAAUGGAAUCUUUGAUGAUGGCAGCUACCACGACGGGAAAUAUGGCGAUUCUAACGUAGUAGUGGCUAGAGCUCAGUUCCAACCGAACAGGCAAUAUCUAGCUCCUGGCUUCCGAUCAUCUGGUUACCGAUACUAAGCUAUAUAUGUAAUUUACAUUUAUAUAAAUAAGGGCGAAUGAUUUGAGCAUAAUUUAAAAACCUAUCACGUGACUUGCGCAUAAUAAUUUACUAAGUGUGCUUCAUUAUCAAUAGCCGUUUUUAUAAUUUUCCAUCAAUACGAAUGUACAUACUAAUAUAAGGAUGCAAAAUGUAUGCAAUUGUAUGUAUUUGACAAUACACGACAUUCUUUGAUUUAGUUUUAGUGUAACAUAGUCAUCCCUUUAUGCUCUAUGCUAAUAUUGUAUGUUAAAAUAUAAAGGCGUUCUAUGAUUGGUUAUGCUCAUAUCAAUUUGGCGGGAAAUGUUAAAUCAUAGUUUGUUUUUCUUAUUCUACAUCCAAAUACAAAUUCAAAUUAAAAAAGCGUAUCAAAUGAAUGAGAA